AUGGCAAUGUUUGGCAAGGUGCUGGAGCCGGUGGGCUACAUGCAGACCAUGAGGACCCUGGUGGAGGGCAUCUGUACCUACCUGGGUGGCAGUGCCUCAGCUGAAGCGACAGACCUGGCCAGGAAGAACCUGGACUACAUAGACCAGGAGCUGGGUGCUGCAGGGUCGGGCCUGCUGACAGACCAGGAGGUCCAUCGCCUGGAGGACGACCUGGCCGUGGUCUACUACCAGCUGGGCGCGGUCGUCAGGGCCCAGCCUGAGUUCACCAAACGGGAGACAGAGGUGUUUCUCCAGUACGUUCAGGAGCACCGGCUGGAGAGGCAGCUGACGGCACUCCACAGCCGGCUGAUGGGGGUGUCGGUCCUGACAGACCAGCCCACCCUGCUGGAAGAGCUGGUCCAGAGCCGCAAGCCCAAACGCUGGGAGAUGAGGGAGUUCUGUGUCAAGGUCAGUGGGGGUCAGGGAGUGGUCAGCCAUGAGCACACAAUGCCCAACAGGCAACAGAGGUCAUCAUGUUACAUUCUAAACAUCUCUAACCAAUGAAUGUGUAAAUCAUUUGCACACAGUGCCUGAAGUUUAACAAAAUGAUCCAUGGAGUUCAAAGAACAAAAUUGCUUGCCUGGGCACCAUGCCUUAUCUGACUUCCAGGUAAAACUAUUUUGGGUUACAUGUAAUUUGUAAGUCGCUCUGGAUAAGAGCGUCUGCUAAAUGACGUAAAUGUAAAUGUAGAACCCUCUGUGUAAAGGGUUCAACAUGGAACUCAAAAGGGUUCUACCUGGAACCAAAAAGGGUUAUUCAAACGGUUAUCCUAUGGGGACAGCCAAAGAACCCUUUUAGGUUCUAGAUAGCACCUUUUUUUCUAAGAGUGUAGCCUGGUUCCAGAUCUGUUUGUGCUUUUGCCAACACAAUUGCUGUCAUUGUCAAGCCAAUUUUCUUUGGCAUGAUAGCACAAACAGACUGGCACAAAUGAUUGUACCCCUAAACGUUUUACCCUAAAAUAGUCAAAGUUACUGGGUGUGUGUUUAUUCAAAAUACAUAGUGAUAAUUGUAAUGCAGUUGCAUAUACAAAGUUCACCCCUAUCUUUUCCAACACUUGGUAUGCCACACUGAAAAAUGUAUUCCUCUACUAGUGAGCAGAAAAUGUAUGUAGAGAGUCAACCUUAUUUCACCUUGAGGGAAAUACUAACACAUCUGUUAUGUUAACCUUGGAUAACUUAUCAGGCACAAACAUUGCAGCAAAAUGUAUGAGACUGAUUAAAUACUGGCUAUUUUGGGCACUGUAUGAUCUUGAAGAAUCGUCCCAGCCCCUGCUGUUUAAUCACAUUUUUUCAAUCAUAAACAUUAUUGUGAAUAAUGAUGAGUGAGAAAGUGACAGAGUAAUUUUAUAAUUGAUAUUGUAAUUUUGAUAUUGAUAUUUGUGCGUCUGUAACAUUAUUCACGAAUUCAUUCAGAAUGAUCCGUAAUCGUGGGAGCAUCCACAUUCAUGUAGAAGUGUUUAGAAACAUAUUGUAUUCGUAUUUACAAUAAAAGUGACAAUACAUUAUUUACCAUUCAUUUCUGUUGGGCACAAAAUAAUCUGAAACACAAUCAAAACAAACUGCAAAUGCAUCCAACAAAUUUGGAGUCACAAGCUUGAUGUAGUCAUUGCGUGCUGUGAAUAUGGGACCAAACACUUAACUUUUCACUACUUUAAUACACAAGUGAAUUUGUCCCAAUAUUUUUGGUCCCCUAAAAUGGGGGGACUAUGUACAAAAAGUGCUGUAAUUUCUAAACGGCUCACCCGAUAUGGAUGAAAAUACCCUCAACUUAAAGCUGACAGUCUGCACUUUAACCACGUAGUCGUUGUAUCAUUUCAAAGUGCUGGAGUACAGAGCUAAAACAACAAAUAAAUGUGUCACUGUCCCAAUACUUUUGGAGCUCACUGUAAAUAGCUCUAUGCUAUGCCUCUCCAAAUGCUGAUUCUACAAGAUGCAGUCUGUUCAGUAUAGUAGACCACCAGUUAUCUAAGGGGGCCAACACUCUACUAUUAUUGAAUCUACUGAACAUGAGUCAUAUAGUCAUAGCAUAGAACUUGGGUUUUAUUAUGUCAGCCUCUCUUCCCUCCCCUUGCAGGUGAACUUUGUCCUGGGCACGGGUCUGCUGUGCCUCUUCACCCAGGCCUCCCUGACAGGACGAGAUCAGGCCCUGCUGAUGAAGACCUGGUCUGAGCGCAUGGGUGCCCUCUACAGGAAGAUGAAGACCACUGGGGGGCGCUGUUCGGGAUACUUCCUACAGCAGGCGGAGGAGGACGUGCGUCAGCAGCUGCAGGAGGCCAUGCAAAACCGUUCAGCUCCCGAGGAGGCGGCAGCCGGCAUCCUAAAGACCCUGGAGAAGAACUACGACUGGCUGCGCUGGGCCGUCAUGGUGCACCCUGCCUUAGGGCCCUUGGAGGAGGAUGGGGGGGAGGGCCUGGGGAACACACUACAGCCCAACCACUUCUUGUCCGUGUCAUCUGAGGCACAAUGCCCUCAUGUGGUGGCCUGCUACCGUGACAUGCCCACCUCGCUGGACAAGAGCCACAUCCACCAGCUGAUCGUGGACCUGGAGUGGAAGAUCCCCAACCCGCCUCCAGAGGUGUACGCCGCCAUCGAGGAGGACCCGGGGAAGGCCAGACGCUACCUGGCCUCUCGCAUGCUGAAGAAGCUGCAGGAGGGUCUGGGCUCAGCGGUGGCCGUCCAUGUGGUGCCGGGCAAGAUGGAGAUGAAGUGUAACUUCCCCCAAGCCUCCUACUACCUGUACGAGUACAAACACAGGCUGGCCUCGGGCACCUUGUGUGUAUUUGGAUAA